UCCUCCUCUUUGUGUCCGCAGCGUCUCUCUCUCUCUCUCUCUCUCUCUCUCUCUCUGCCACUCAGUGAGAAAGGAGAGAAGGAGGAGAUGGUGGAGGAGAAACACGCGUCCUGCGUUUGACCAACAUUCGUCAGCGAAUCAGCGCCAGAGACGCGUGGAGAUUGAACAGACGUCUGAUCUCCCUGAAGAAGCUUUACAAACCACAACUGAACUCACAAUAAAUGCAAACUAAACAGAUUUCAUGACAUGAGUUGAAGGACCAUCAUCUUCAAGACCCUGAAGAGGAGAAACAAGGAAGGAUUUGUACCUCCACAGAUGGCCUAAGUUCCCUGCAGGUGUCUUCACUUGUGCAAGAAGAAUCAGUCAAACAUGAGCACCCCAACCAGUCUCCAGGGAGUGAGAGUCAAUGUUGACAGAGGAGACAAGCUUGGAAAUAAAAACCACAGCCAGUACCCCAAGACUGGGGAUAAUAAUGCUAAUCGAUUAUCUACAAUUAGUGCUCAAGAAGGAGGAGGAUUGUUAGAAGACACAGGGUGCAGCACAAGCUCCAUCCCUCCUUUGGUGUCUCAGUGUGACUCCCCAGAUAAGUUUGUGAUCUGGGGAUCUGAAGCACAAUGUUUGGAACCAGAGGUCAGAAAGUUUGACCUUGUAGAACGCCAGGAGAUACAUACAUUCUUGGGAAACAGGGACCAUGAAGAGGAGAAUGAGGAGGAAGAAGACGGAGCCAGUAUGAGAGACGGAAAAGACGAGGGUUCUAUGUCCAUAUCCUCCAGUUCGACUGCCAGUUCGGCUUCGAUCGGAAUGAGGAGAAAUGACAACGACAGCAACAAAGUGCAGAAAAGGAUUGUCUGCCAGAGCACGGAGGCGCUGGACACAUGUCUGUCAAGCUCAAUAGAGAAAAGGGACAGGAGCUCGGGCAGGGAGAGACAGAAGCCAGGUCUGAAGGAGUCCAAGUCUGAGACAAAUGUGUUUGUCUCCUGUCUCUCAGCCGUCGCCCUCAGCGGGAGCUUAUCGAGUGCUCUGGACAGUAGCGCAGAAGCACAGUCUCUCAUCUCGCUGUCCAAUCCUUACUCCAAUUUUAACAACACUACCUCAGCCCAGAACAGGAGAAGGGCAUUUCCUGAUGCAAAUCAGAACUCCCCACCUUUGCAUGAUCAGGGGAAAUGUUUUUCUCCGCAAUACUACAGCCAGGAUCAGAGACAGGAGGAGGGAAGCCAUCAUAAAAAUGGGUUGUCCUCUGCUGGGGGGCUAGGCCAGAGGAGGAGAGCCGGAUUCGAGGAGACGGUGCCGCCACAGCGUCGGCAACAGCUCGUCAGACCCCUCUGUCAGACGGAGAUGGGCAGGGCAAGCAACUUAGCAGAGUCUAGCGCUCAUCAGGCCAACACAGGGGGAGUCAGUUCCCCUAGGUCCUCUCCAGACUCACCCAACAAUGGUUUAAACAGGAAGUUUACAAAAUCCUCUUUACGCGAGCCGUCAAACUUCUCCCACCUGUACACCACAUCUGCUGUGUUCAGACAGCCCAACCAGGCAGCCCAGCGAGAGGCUCCACCAGUGGACAAACAGCCAUCUGCAGCCGUACGCUGCGUAUCCAGUCCGUCAAACCCGUCCACCUUAGAAAGAAGACCCCAGACACAGCUCACCUACAGGAGGAAUUGUUCCAGCCCUAACAGGACCGGGGUUGAUUCCAGGUCAUCCACCCCACCCAACUCCCCUCUCAGGACACCCCAGGGCUCACCACGCAGGCAGCCUUCCAUGUACCUCGUUAGCAGGAAUGUCCCUGGAGGGGUUAGACACAACCCUGCUGUAACAACGUCAGCUCAGGGCUAUGGCAACAGUUGCUUGAGAGCACCAGUCAAAACUAACAUGAGCACAACUGGAAUCCCCAAAGUGCCUCUUAACAACCAGCAGAGUUCCCCCCACUCAAACCCCAAAGAGAGCUCCCCAUCACCCACGCUCAAACCUAAAGGAGUUCGCCCCAAAAUCAUCACCUACGUUCGAAAGAAUCCUCAGUUCAAACCCCAAGCUGCUGACGGGCCUUAUCAGGUAUCUUCAUUGCCAUCCAGACUCUCAGCAUACGCACACAGCCAAGCAGCCAUGUCCUUUAAAGACACAAACAAAGAGCCCGUCAAGCCCGAUGCAGAACCCAGAGCAACUCCAGUGCUUGUGUCCUCCAGUCUGCUAUACGACAAGUACCGCCAGGAGAUGCAGGCCAGCGCAUUCACAUCAGGUGUGCCGAACAGGAGCAUCCGGCCCCCUGGACACACGAACACCGUCCCCCCUGCACACACACAUGGCCACACAGCGCCUGUGAAAAUGGGAGGCAAAGCAGAGACCUUUGGUGCCACGUCAGAGAUUGGGAAAGUGGCAGCCUUCAAAGGUUCUCCUGAACACCAGGAGCAGCCAAGGGCGGCUGCUCAGGCCGGAGGUAGUGGGAGUCUCCUACGCUCUGGCCGAGGCCUGCGUCUGGGCCUGGGGGCUGUUACCAGGACGGCUUCAGGGUCAGCCAAGGGCAGAGGACCCGGUCAAGGCCAGAGGUCGGCACUGGUUUUCAGCCAGCCGGUCCAACCCGUCAGCCCGGCAGUGAAUCAGAAAAGUCAAGACAACACAGUGACAGCAGCAGCAGCAGCGGCGGCGGCGGCAGCUGCCCAGCCUCCGGCCUCGGCCUCCAGGUCUCUUCUCCCUAAAGCCAGUCAGUCAGGCCUGCGUCCACCAGGCUUCAGCGCCAGCCGCCUCCCCGCGGGGCGCCUGGCAGCCUUCGGCUUCGUCAGGAGCUCCAGCGUGUCCUCGGUCUCCUCCGCUCACUCCGCAGACAGCACUCAGAGUGACCCCUGCAGGACAGCCCACCGCCUGAGCGUGAGUGAGGAGCCUCCUCCUCACAGGGUGACCACCGGCACCGCGUCGACGGACCACCAGAGAGGCGCCCCAUGUCGCAGCAACAGCCUCCAGCCGCCCUCCACCCCGGCUCUGCCCCGGCGCUACCUGCCCCCCCAGCCGAGAAGCUCCCCUGGAGUUGGCAGGAAGGAGUUUCAGCGGAGUUCAGAGCUCACACGUUCCCUUCCAUCGUCCCCGAAGCGGCUCGCAGUGGUUCCCCCCAAACCUCAGUCUCCAGUCCAGUCUGUGCAGCGGCCUGCAGCGGCGGUACGGGGGUCAGCUCCCCCGGGGUCCCCUCGCUGCGUGGCCCUUCAGAGGCUGCAGCAGGAACAGCAGGAGAGCCUGCAGAGAGAGAAGGAGGAGGCCCAACAGAAGGAGAGAGAGAGGCAAGCAGAGGAGAGAGAGAAGGAAGAACAAAGGGAGGAGGUUCAGAGGCUGCAGGGACGCUGUGAGCAGCAGGAGAGGCAGCUGAGAGUCCUAAGAGAAGAGCUGAGGAAGACUUCCUUAGGUUUAGAGGCCUUCAUCAUCACCACUCAACAUUACUGCCUCCAGAAUAAAACUACAGAAGAAAACAAAAGGAAAUUGUUCAUGGAAAUACAGAAGAUCAGAGAAGAAAUGGCCUCCAACUCAGCACGGUGGGACAGACUUCAGCGGGAAAAGACAGCGCUGGAGGUGGCGUUCGAGCGGGAGCUGCAGGAGCUGCAGCUGCAGCAGGAAGCCGAGCUGGCGGCGGUGGAGGAGGGUCUUAGGAAGUGUCACUCAGCAGAGACUGAACAUCUGAAGGCAGAGUGCCGCUCAGAGGUGGAGGAGCUGAGAACUCAGCAUCAGGAGCAGAUGGAGGAGAUGACUGUCAACCAUCAGGCUGCUAUUCAGGAGCUCAGAGACAUGCAUAACAUCACCAUGGCAACACUGCAUGAGGAGCACGCUCGUACCAUGAGAGACUUAAGGAAAGCUCAUGAUCAACAGAAGGUGCUUCUAGAAGAAGACUUUGAGAAACAUAGACUUUCUCUACAGGAUCAAGUGGACACUCUGACUUUUCAGAACCAGAGUCUGAGGGACAAAGCAAAACGGUUUGAGGAAGCGUUGAGGAGGAGCACAGAUGAACAGAUAGUUGACGCUUUAGCUCCAUACCAGCACAUUGACCAAGAUCUGAAGAGCUUGAAAGAAGUUGUAGAGAUGAAGAACCAGCAGAUCCACCAGCAGGAGAAGAAGAUCUCAGACCUGGAGAAAGUGCAGGCCCAAAAGAACGUGUUCCUGGAGGAGAAGGUCCAGGUUCUGCAGCAGCAGAAUGAAGAUCUGAAGGCCCGUAUUGAAAAGAACCUCGUCCUCUCCAGGCAACUGUCCGAGGAGAACGCCAACCUCCAUGAAUCCGUUGAGAAGGAGAGCACUGAGAAAAAGCGCCUCAGCCGGAACAAUGAGGAGCUGCUGUGGCGUCUUCAGACCAGUCCCCUCAUGUCCCCCACCUCCUCUCCACUACACCGCUCCUUCUCUCCCUCCCCACUUCCCUCAUCUCCAUUCCUCUCCUCCUCGCCCGUGGCCGGCUGUGAGUCCCCCACCCACUGCCACGGCUGUCCCCAGCAGUCUCAGUACUGCUCACCCUCCCACAGAGCUUGCACCAAUCAAAAUUUCUCCCCAGGACCGGCCACACCCACUCACAGGGCAGCAAGCAAUCAGAAUUACUCACCUGGCCCAGCCACGCCCACGCACAGAGCAUCGCCAAAUCGCUGCAGCCCAGCAGCUUGUCUCAGCUCCUUACAGCGAUAAGCUCAAAUAUUUCUCGCUCCGUUUCGAUCGCUCUGCUAGCCUUCUUUUUUGUCUCUCGUCCCUUUUUGAAUGUGAUCAGCAUUGUAGUACAUGUUGAAGAAACAGGACAGAUACUAAUUUGACUCACAUGGCUGCAAGUUCUUUGUUGCUAGAGUGCUGAGCUGUAUAUAAUGUAUGAUAGUGACACUGAUAGGGUCAGUGUGUAGUUAAACCUCCCCUGCAUGGGCAGUUGUGAUCGCCACAGAACUGAACUGACAGAACGUAGCACACGCACAUCACCAGAAGCCAACGCGGGUGUGUCAAAAAUGUCCUUUAUAAAUUAUGUAUGUUCUCUCUCACUGGAUUAGUUUCCUGUAGUGAGUUAUGUCUAGUCGAUCGAUUGUAUUUCUUAGAAAUGAGUCAGCUUUUAAUUGAAUUGUUUUGGUUUCCACCUGGAAGACUCCCCGACGAAGCGCCUUACACUCAGUCCUGCCGUUUCACCAGCAGAUAACGACCAACAAGGACUCAUUUCUCAAUCACAGCAAAUUCUGAUUAGUUCAGUGAUCUAGGUUCUACCUGAAACCCUGUUCUCACAGAAGACUUUGAGUCUUUUAUAACCUUGCCAGGUCUUCCUACAGCGUCUUGCCACAUGAGCUAACUCUUCACUUUCGGGAUCCCUCAGGUCAACUUGCAAAAACUACGUCUGCCAUUUUGUACUUACCUCAACGGGAAUGUGCAGUCUGUCGUGUCUGUAGCUCAACAGCAACAAUACCAACAAAAACACAAAGCUACUGUACCAGGGAGGGCGCUCAAUGCUAAGGGGUAAACCUAGCACAGGAAUCACUGUGUUGUUGUGUACUUUCAUGGAGAUAUUUAGAUCUAAUUUAUUUCUUACAUGUGUUUUGCUGUUUAGGCAAGCAUGUACUGUGUCAGUCUUCCAGUCUUGGUGUGUAAUAUUGCUGUCUAUUUAUUAAGGUUGAGGUGUGAGGGGAACAAAUGAUGAUUGUAACUUAUACAAUACCACCUACUGUAUAGAUGCACAAGUGGAAUAUAUGAUGUACCCAGGAGAGAGGAUUUAUAUGCUGUACUGUAGAAUAUACUGUACUUCUGACUUUGACCAGGUGUUAAGAGAACAGCCUUAUGAUUUGGUAUGAGUAUAUAAGCUAUGAAGAGUUAAGCUAUGGAGAUUUUCAAAUACAGGUUCACUUUCUGUUUACCUCUUUGUGACGUACUAGAUUUGUGCAGCCACUUCUAAACUUUCCUCCUCUGGCUUCUCUAUCUGUUUGUCUGGAAGACGCUUUCUAUUCCUUGAUUAUUAUGUUGAAAACUUUUGCAAGCUACACUGAAUUGUUGGUGUAGAAGACAUUGUUCAGGGAAUUCUUUUCUAAAUUUAGAUUAGAAAUGCUUUCAAGUUUCUUUUGUAUAGAUUCUCUGCAAAACAUUAUACACUCAAUAUAUUUCCCAAGAUAACAUUUGUUAUAUAUAUGAUGAAAAUGAAUAAUUUUAUAGCAUACUGUAUGUCAUAGCUGCCUCCUGUACUGUACUCCACUGACUAACACAGCCUCAGGGUCCUAAAUGUUUAUCACAUCCAACAAGUUAACAAUGAAUCUCUAGUAUUUUUCUCGUAAUAGCACAUUAACAAAGCAAACACAAGCUGUUCAGACUGCUGUACAUAAACAAGGCUUCUGAAAAGACGUGAGGGCAGGUCUGUGUUAGCUGUUGGGAGUCACAGCAUUGUUCCUGGGAGCAUGAGUUAGGAUUUGCAACUUAUGUAAAAUUGCUAAAGGUUAGGUAGAUGCAUGGGGUGGGGGUGGUAACAAGGCUUGUCACAAGGCCUUGAAAUUCCUUGCAAUGCCCCUGGUUACUUUUCUGUUGUCAGUUGAGUAAAUGUAACAUAUUACCAGCAUGUAAUGAGUGAUGUUUUUAAGUUGCCAGUUUUUUAGUAAUAUAACAUUUGAGUAGAUCUUUAAUUGUCAUACCAGCAGUUUUGUUAUUAAAAGUUAAAAAAGAAUAAUAAUUUUCAUAAAUCUUAAAGAUUUUUGUAUGAUGCCUACACAGGGUUAAACUUUAACAAAAGAAUGUCAAGUACAGCAUCGGAUUUGAGAAGAGUAUCUCAAUUCCCACUAGGUUUAAACCAACACUAUUCGAUUUUAAGAAUGUCUUUGACUAACAGUUAAUUAUACAACAAUAGCAGUCAGAGGGUCACUGUGUUUUCAAAAGUUUAGGCCUCAGAUUCACUUACUGUACAUCAUUGAAGGAUUUUUCAUUGUUCUCCUAUCGAUCCUUUCAGGUGUAAAAACUCGAAUCUACGAGGAUGCAACAAGAACUAUUGUUUACAAAGUUACCAAUUUAAUAUUAACAGUUCACAUUUGAAUAGACAAUGAUUUCUAAACAAUGAACUGGUAUUUCACCAACCCUUCAAUGUGUCCUGUGGACAUUAACAUUGUGUCUCACUAUGCGCUGAAUGUCAAAAUUGUAUUGACUGCAUUUUAUAUAUAAGUGAUUCAUAUGAUUUUAUUUAUUAUGAAAGGACCUCUUCUUUAACCACAAUGUAGCAGCUUUUUAAUAUGUAGCACUUGAUUGAGCCGCCCCACAAAAACUUAAUCUAAUUCACUAGGGUUUAAUACGUCCACUUUACUAUUUGAAUGUUGUUGUAGCCACUGUUGGCUUUCAGCACUAGAAUUUGAAAUGGUGAGAUAAGCUAGACAGUACAAUUGCCCUGUGUGAAACAUGUCCAGAGACAAAUGUUACUGAAUUUCCUCUGGAACGGAUUGUAUGUUUGAAUGUAAAUACAUUUACAUUAGUUGUGUCUUAGUGCACCAACAAAGUAAUAGAAGCAUGUUUUCUGUGUCUUUGCUGUUUAUCACUCUCCCUUUCUCUUAUUUGCCUUUCUGCAUUUGUGACUGUCAAGCUGUAACUGUAGCAUAGGAGGUGUGAAGGACAAAGAAUCACUUGUGAUGUACACACAGUAUGCUGGUACAUGGUUUGAUUUGUACUUUUUGGGGAGAAUACAGUAUUAAAGAUAUCCAACAAA